AUGUGCAGCAAAAUCAAUACCGGGCAUUACACUCGAGACAUUUUUGUAAUGGAUAAUACUUAUAAUACUUCAUCCUCAACUCCCGCUACAGCUGGCGGAUCGCAAGCACGAACAAUGGCUUCUGCUACACCCAUAAGUCGAGUCCUCCCUUCUACCUCGGUAGGUAGUAGUUUUACUACUAGCAGCUCUUUGACAACGGCUCUCCCACGUCGUCAUUCAAUCUAUGGAACUGGUGAAGAUAGGAUCGUGCUAGAUCUAGGAAGCUUAUAUAUUAAAGCUGGCUUUAGUGGUGAAUCUAGGCCAAGACACAUUGUUCCUGUGUUUGCUGGUAAUAUGAAAACCCAUUGGGAUCCUGAUUUUAAUGGAAGUGGAGGCGUUAUGAAAUCCUGUGGAGAAGGCUGUAGAACCAUUGGCGAGUUUGCCGAAUUAUACGACUUAGAAAUCGGAAAAUGUCCCGAUGAAUUGGAUUCUUUAUAUGAUCGUUUGGCACAUUAUUUAAGAGAGAUUUAUUUCAAUCGUAUUAUGCGAAUCACCGAUGAUGCCUUUAAAAUUGAAGCAACUGAUUGCAAAACAGGCCGUGCGUUAACGCAACGGCUCAAGGAGUUAAUUUCUACUUAUGGUAGCAUGAUUAUUCCACCUUCGACACACUUAGAGCCUGUUCAUGCUAAAUACCUUACACCCGCUGUACUUGAGGAUAUUAAAACUCGGUUUAUUUUUGUAAGUCCAAUAACAGUUGAAGCAACAGUUGGAGUUGCUGAAAAAACGUUAGUCGAAGAUAUGGAAGAAAAAUAUUCUUCAGUUAGUUCCGCAACAGAAGUGUCAUAUCCCAUUACUAUAAGUAAAAAUGGACGAGAACGACAAUUGGGAACUUUAAUUAUACCUAGUUGGAUUAGAGAACGUUGUGCAGAAGUUCUUUUUGAAGGGGAUGAAGAUGAAUCUAGUAUAGUUGGAUGUGCGCUCGAAUGUUUGUUAAAGCAAAGGUUUGCACAAGAAGUCCUUCGUGCUUUGAAUAAAGAUCGAAGGUUUAAACCUUUAAGUGGACUUGCAGAUCAUUUCGAAUUUUUAGAAGACAAUGGAAGUGGUAAAGUUUUUGUGGCCAAUUGUCGAGCAUGGGUUGGUGGUAAAGUAUUUCAAACUAAUUUACGUUUAAAUGUUAUACUUUUACUGAUAAUAAAGCAUUUACUUACCGAAUUUUAUGAUACUUCAGGUUCUUUAAUUGGAUCACUCAAAUCCACUGUUGUUGAAAUCACUAGAGAGAAAUAUACAGGACAAGUACCUGAUUGGACAACAUCAGAUACAUUAUCAGCUGCACCAUAA